ACGAAUAAAAAAAUAUCCAAAUCUAUUUUACAUUGUUGUCAUACAAUAUAUUAUAAUGAUUGUCUUCAAAAUGAAUGUUCAUUAUUGUAUAAUGAACAACAAAAUGAUCGUUAUAAAUCAAAAGUUGCAAAACAAUGUUCAGAAAUAUAUUUAGUUACAACUGAUCUAUUUUGUUUAUCUGUAUUAAGACAACCAGUUCAAUUUUGUGAUAUAGACAUUAGUAUUACUGGACAAGCAAUAAUACAUUAUAGUGAUUGUAGAUUUCAAAUGAUUGAAUUUUUACGUGAAUAUUAUGGUCCACCUGAACAAUGGCUUUAUGAUGAAAAUGGUUUAUUAGCAACAGUACAAUCAUUUAGAAAACAAUGUUGUUUAACAUAUACAUCAUGUUAUUGUUAUGAUAAAUAUUUUCAAAAAAAAUGUCAACAAAAUUUAUUAACAAAAUAUCGUGGAUUAUCGGAUAAAAAAAAAGAAUAUUAUUGUCGUUGUCCUGGUUAUAAUUAUAUAAAAGCAGAUGCUGGUGAUGAAGAAAAAUUUAAAAAUUGGAAAAAAACUUCACUACAAAAACAAGAAUUUAAUAAUUGUACAAUAAUUAUUGAAAAUGAAUGUCAAUGGAUGAUACCGGAAAAUCGUAAAUUUUUAUUAGAAUAUCGUGAUAUUUUUUCAUUCAAUCUUUAUGUUACAAUUAUAACAACAAUAUCAACAUUAUUAUUUUGUUCAUUUUGUCGACCAUAUGGUAAAAAUAUUUUAAAUUUAAAUAUUAUAAAACGUUGGUGGAUGCCAGCAUUACAAAUGGAUGAAAAACUGAAACAAGAUAUUCAACAACAACAAGAAUUAUUUGAAAGGAAAAUGAUUACUGCUCCUCGUCGCCUUAACUUUAUGAGAUUUAUUCCAUUUUAUUCAUCACCACCAACAACAAGAAAAUUUUCCGGAAAUGUUCAUCGAUCAUCUUCACCAAUAUCAUCUUCAUCAUCAUCAUCAUUACCAUCAUCAUCAUUAUUAUUAGCUUCUUCAUCACCACUGGAUUCUUCCAAUGUAGCAAAAACACGAAGAAAUAUUAUUAAUUCUAGCAGUAGUAGCAGCAGCAGCAUUAUUACUGAUAAUAAACGACCGAAAACAAUAGCAUCCAAAUCACGAAUUGGAUCGACGGAAUUAAAUCGUCAUCGUCGUCAUGUAAAAAGCAGUAAUAUUCGACAUAAAUCAUCGCCAUUAUUAUUAUCAUCAUCAUCAGCUACAUCAUCAUCAUCAUCAUUGGGAAUGAUAAAAGUGAUAAGACAUAAGUCAAAACCUCGACGUCGUAAACAUUCUCCAACUACCACCACCACCACCAUUAGAGCCAAACAUAAUCAACCUUCGCCACUUCGAAAAUUUAAAUCAACAAAUUAUACAACAACAACAACAACGAGAACAAGAAGAAAACGUGAAACAAAAAGUAAAUAAAAAAAUCAUCA